UGCUCUAUCUCUAAAUGCGCGCGUCGUCGCGUUACUUCCGCCAUGGAUAAAGAGGUGGAGGCCCAACGACCCAACGUCCCAGGAGCUGUUUCACGCUCAAGAAAUGGGAUUGUUAACGCAACGGAAGAAAAGAUUCCAGCACUUAGCAAAGUAAUUGAUGACGUGGAAGGCCCAUUGGCUCCUGAGGAUCCGGACAAGCCGGCUGCCGAUAAUGGAGCAGCGGAUGGGAGCGAGCCUCAGGAGGAGCAGGAGCUUGUUGGUUAUAUCGGAGCGGCUAAUGGCGCGUACAUCUUGGCGGACUAUGGGGAGGGAUGCGGACGCUUUCCGCGAGGCAUUGCCGAAGGCUCUGGAGAAUUUGCACGGCCAUUUCGCACAGUAUUCCAUGGGUUACGGGCGGCUGUUUGUGCUUUUUCAAAGGCACCACCCAGGGCUGGUGCUUGUGCUGCUGGGCUACAACCCGCUCCCAAGGCCCACGCCCAGACCCUCCUGGGCAGUGUAGCGGGGCCGCUCGCUGCAGCCACAGGCGUAACAAUCACGCCGUACUCCGCAUCCGCGCCGCAUGCGGCGGGGAAGUGGAAGGGCGGGUUGGCAGGGCGGAGCGGGAGAAGCUGAGUGCGGCGCUCGCGGCGCUGGCAGGGGGGCUGCGAGGCGUGGUGGGGUCGACCAUGGCGUGCAUGAAGAGAUACCCCGACGGACCGCAAGCCUAUCUUGUGAGCCCUGAUGGUGACUGCCCAUUCCUCUAGAUGACGACGACGAGGAGGAGGAGACGGAGGAGGAGAGGAAGGAGAGGAGGAAGAAGGAGCGGGCGCGGAGGAAGGAGGCGAGGGAGAGGAGGGAUCAGAUGAUGGCUGAGAGUGAGAAA